AUGAGCUCGAUAUCAGGUAAACGCAGUCGUACUGGAGACUCGCAUGAGAAAUAUAAGAAACCACGAUACGCAUACAAGCAAAACUCCGGCUCUAAAAAGAGUAAUAGGAACAACUCCAACGCUUCCUCAGGACAAUCGGUUAAUGAUCUCAAGAGCAAAAUACGAGCCACGAAGCGACUACUAGAACAUUCUAAGAAUCUACCUGCGGACGUGAGAGUAGAGAAAGAAAGAGCACUCAAGGGAUACCAAAGGGAUCUAGAGAAGGUGGAGGAGAACAGGGCACGCAAUGCUAUAAUUUCGAAAUAUCAUUUUGUCCGGUUUCUAGAGAGAAAAACUGCAACUCAAAACCUGAAGAAGCUACGGCGUUUGAAAGAGAAGCUAGAAAACGAGGAGGAAAAUGGCGAUGAAGGAAAUAAGCCGACAUCUCCGUCCAAACCUGAACGAUUAGCCGAACUUGAGAAGCAAAUAUAUUUCACUCAGGUUGACCUAAAUUACGCCAUAUACAGCCCAUUGACGGAGAAAUACAUAUCUUUAUACCCUAGUGAUAAAUCAAAGGAGAAGGAAGGGAAAAGGAGGAAUAAAAAGGACGAAAGUGACGGUCAGGAACAAGAAACGGCAGAAAGUGAAGAGGAAGAGAAAAGUAACGAGGAAAGGUCAGCGCUUGGGCAACGAUUGGCUCCAAUUCGACAUGCGUCGAGUGUGAAGCCACCGCUUUGGUAUGCCGUAGAGCAGAGCAUGAAGGAUGGAACGUUAGACUUGCUACGGGAAGGAAAACUGGGAAUUACAGUUACGGGAGAGAGAAAAGGAUUGAAAGGCGAGAGCGAAGAGAAUAAUGGCGGUGUUAUGGCUUCUGGCCAGAGUAAGGUGACGGGAGGCUAUUCGACCAUGUCAAAGAGGGAGGUUCAAGGCGGGGUGUCGUUGAAUGGGAAGAACCAGCGGGAGGUCGAAACUGGGAAUAGUGAUGAUGAUGAAAGUGACGGUGGUUUCUUUGAGAAAUGA